UCGUCCAGUUCGGGACAGAACGCCGGAGUAGCAGCAGCAAAGCAACACCGAUGGAUCCCUACAGCAGAGUGCUCCGAAUUGCACUAGCAAUCGGUAUCAUGUCAUCGUUUGUGGGCCGCAUGGACGCAUCGUUUCCCGGUUUGUCGCUGGAAGGAUGGCCUUACUUCUAUCCACUCGGACCGUGGCACGAUCACACCCCAAUCCAACCGUACAACGAGCCCGUCCCAAUCAUUCCUGUUGUGGCAGCGCAGCUGGCGGAAUAUCCUGGCGCGAUGUCGAUCGCCGCAACACGAGGCGCUGUUCAUAUAGCACCACUUCCAGGACAUUCGAUUUCACAGUUCCAAUACAACCUGGACGGUCCACCGGGGACGUACUAGAACACACACACACACACACACACUCGUACAUAAAACACACGCAACACUGUUCACUUAAAACUUAGUCAAUAAACAGCUGUAUUUCUCGCAGAACUCUCCCACCGGAACACAACACUGGC